AUGGAGUUCACGGUGGCGGUAAGUGUGCUGACCGAAAAAGUUCCAAUAAGUUCUAAUCAACCUGUUCAACCACACAACCAGAACUACCUCUUCGUGGUGAGCAACGAUCCGAAGUUGAACAUCUCAGUAUGGAACUGGAAUGCCGGCAAGGUGAUUGCCAGUGCUUCGGUCGUCUGGCACCUGCACCAGGACAAGACGAUGGACUAUCGCACAGCUCUACAGACGCACUCCAAACUGUCGAAGACGAUCCACUGCGCCGACUUCCUGGGCGACAACAGCCUGCUCACCGGCGACGCCACCGGCCACCUCACCAUCUGGGCGCCCUUUGAGGUGAACGCCGUCCUGGAGUUCGCCGUCAAGGAGGUCAAAGGCCACGAAGCGCCGCUGACGGCGCUGGUGCUCACGCCGGAGCACCUGCUGGUCAGCGCCGACGCGGCGGGCGCCAUCAAGACCUGGGACGUGGGCGGCGAGGGCGAGUUUCGCCUGCUGAACGCCAUCAAACUGUCGGCGCUCUGCGGGGCGGUCGCCUCGGUGGCCUUGCCGCCUGCGGUGGCCCCGGUAAAAAAGGGUUUUAAGAAAAAUGGAAACGGUGGUGACAAGGAUGAAGGCGCUGGCCUGAUGGAGGUUUUUGUCGGCACGACGGAGAACUUUCUCCUGCGCGGUUCGGCGCUGCAGUCCACCAGCUACGACAUUGUCUUUGAGGGUCACAUCAUGGCCAUCCGCAGCAUCGCCUUCGACCCGCAGGAGGACCUCUUCUACACUGCCUCCCUUGACCAGAAGGUGUGCAAGUGGAGCACCGGGGCGCUCGUCUGGCGGACGACCAUUGACGUGCAGGCCAUCUCCUCUGCGGUGCACCCGGGCGGGCAGAUACUGGCCAUCGGCUCGGUGAACGGCAUCAUCAGCAUCCUCGCCUGCGUCUCCGGCGAGCUGGUGCACCACCUCGAGAUCAGCGCCGGCGUCUGCAUCGGCUGUCUGGCCUACUCCGCCGACGGCAGCUUCCUGGUGGCCGGCUGCCAGGAUGGCUGUCUUCACGUGCUGCCGGUCACCGACGAUGGCUUCACCUACAGCAAGGUCUCGGUCCUCAAGGGUCCGCUGCCCAUCCUCACGUUGCAGUGGUCGGUGGACACGCAGUUCAUUCUCACGUCGGUGGAUGACAACAACUACCAGGAGUUGAUUCUCUGGGACCUGCACAACACGCGCUACAUUCGGAAUGUGACCAACUUCUCGGAUAACCUCCGCUGGCACAAUGCCACCUGCAGUGGGCUUGAAGACGCGCGCGGCACGUGGGACAAUGAGCGGCUGAAGAACGUCAUCAACAUCUGCAAUCACUACAGUCCGUCGCUGCGGUACAUCGUCACGGGCGAUGAGAGCGGCUUCGUGCGCCUCUUCUCCUAUCCGUGUCUGCAGACCAAUGCGGCCUUCUUCGAGUACCGACAAGGCGGCGGCAGCGUGACGGACAUCAAGAUCAGCCCCAAAGAGACGCUGGUGGUCGACUGCAACUUUGAGGGCUCCAUCCUGCUCUGGACGCUCAAGGAGUACGACGGCAACAGCUCAAACACGACGACAAAACAGCAGUAA